CAGAUAUAGUGAAUGCAGGGUCCGGGGAGACCAGAUAUAGUGAAUGCAGGGUCCGGGGAGACCAGAUAUAGUGAAUGCAGGGUCUGGGGAGACCAGAUAUAGUGAAUGCAGGGUCCUGGGAGACCAGAUAUAGUGAAUGCAGGGUCCUGGGAGACCAGAUAUAGUGAAUGUAGGGGUCCUGGGAGACCAGAUAUAGUGAAUGCAAGGUCCAGGGAGACCAGAUAUAGUGAAUGCAGGGUCCGGGGAGACCAGAUAUAGUGAAUGCAGGGUCCUGGGAGACCAGAUAUAGUGAAUGCAGGGUCCUGGGAGACCAAAUAUAGUGAAUGCAGGGUCCUGGGAGA